AUGGCAUUGUGGAUUGCAUCUGAAUUGGGAAGAGAAAAGGAGGCUUUCAUUGUGCAUGCAGGUGUAGGGUUAAAUGAAAUUCCAAAGGUUAAGAAUUGGAACAGUGUGAGAAGAAUGUCACUGAUGAAGAACAAGAUUCGCAAUCUAGCUGGCAGUCCUGAAUGUCUCGAACUCACAGCUUUUCUCAUGCAACGGGGAGAAUUGGUAAAUAUCUCGAGUGAAUUCUUCAAGUCCAUGCCGAAGCUACAGGUGUUGGAUCUAUCAUUUAAUGAACAUCUCACCAAAGUGCCGGAUGGAGUAUCUGAUUUAGUUUCUUUGAAGUAUCUCAACUUGUCAGAUACAGGUAUCCGUCAUCUCCCUAAGGGUCUACAAGAGUUGAAAAAACUCAUUCACUUGAAUCUCGAGCAUACACUUCAGCUUUCGAGUAUUGCUGGGAUAUCAAAUCUGCAUAAUUUGAUGAUCUGA